ACGUAAAUAAAGUACUGGGCAACCUUUUUCUUUUUUCGCGUAUACUAGAUAAAAAAAAAAAAAAAUGGCUGCUGUACGUUCUCUUUCAAGCCGUCUUUCUCGCUUUGCAUUGUAUGAAUGCACCACAGACUUAUCUCACUUGAGCACCCACGAACAUGCUGCUCUUAAACAUUUAGUGAAAGCAGGCACGUAUUUGGACCAAUUGUAUAUGAGACAAGCCUGGUCUGGUAAUGAAGCCCUUCGUACCAAGUUGCAUGCCGAGGGUAAUCAAGAAUUAUGUACCUUGUUUGAAAUGUAUAAAGGUCCUUGGGCUCGUGAGGACGAUAAUGUACCUUUUAUUGAGGGCGUACCUGAACGUCCUGAAGGAGGAAAUUUUUACCCUCAAGAUAUGAAGAAAUCCGAAUUCGAAGCAUGGGUUGAUACUUUAUCAGAGACAGAGGCUGAGCAAGCCAAAAGUUACUACACUGUGGUUCAAAAGAAUGCCGAAGACGAAUUUGAAUCCGUACCUUAUUCUGAAGCUUAUGCUGAUUUAUUAAAACCCGCUGCUCAAUGCUUGCGUGAAGCCGCUCAGGAAUUACAACAUGUUCAAGUCAAGGGUGAAGGUGUGCCUAUCCAUCAAUUUUUGUCCUCGCGUGCAGAUGCCUUUGAAUCCAACGAUUAUCUUCCCUCUGAAUUAAAUUGGCUUCGUCUGGGUAAAGGCAACAAACUGGAAGUCACAGUGGGUCCCUAUGAACAAUACACCGAUGCCUUAUUCACCUUGAAAAGUGCCUUUGAAUUCUACAUCCAUGUCCGUGAUGACCAUUCUUCUGGUUUGCUCGAGAAAUUCUCGGAUCUUCAAUACGUAGAAGAUGCUUUACCCAUUCCCGAGAAAUACCGUAACAAGGAUUUGGUAGCGGCUCCCAUUGUCGUUGUCAAUCAGUUGUUUGCCGCUGGUGAUGUCGCUGUUCCCAUGACAGCAGCCUAUAAUCUUCCCAACGAUGAACGCGCUAUUCAAAAGGGUGGCUCUAAACUCGUAUUGAUCAAGAAUGUGCAAGAAGGUAAAUUUGACAAGGUCUUGACACCCAUUGCCUCUCAAGUGCUUGCUAAAGACCAAUUGGUCCAUUUGACCAAGGAUGCUUUUACCACCCAUGUGUUAUUACACGAAGUUUGCCAUAGUAACGGACCUCAUCAUACCUUGGAUGGUCAUACGGUAAGAUCCAAACUUCAAGAAUAUCACUCUGCUUUGGAAGAAGCCAAGGCAGAUAUUGCCGCUUUAUUUGCUGCUGAUUUAAUGGUGGAUCGUGGUACCAUUGAUAAUGUGAGUCAAAAGGAAUUCUGGGUGACCUUUUUAGCAUCUGCUUUCCGAUCCAUUCGAUUUGGUAUUCAAGAAGCCCAUGGAUUAGGUCAAGCCAUCCAAUUGAAUUAUUUGGUAGAGAAGGGCGGGUUCGCAUGUGAUGGAGAGACGAAAUUGUAUCGUGUGGAUUUUGAAAAGAUUCGUGAGGCCGUGUCUGAUUUGACUCGAGAUAUUUUAAUCCUUCAAGGUGAUGGAGAUAAGCAAGCUGUGGAUGCGUUUGUUAAAAAGUAUGGUGUACUUCAUCAAGAUACAAAGGAUGCAUUGCAGCGUAUUGAUCAUGCUGGUAUUCCCGUUGAUAUUCGUCCUAUUUAUCCUCUUCAAACUACAGCAUAAAACCCUCUUCCUCCUUCCUUUUUUUUUCAACUAAUUAAAAAGAAUCUCUCUUUUUUUUUUUUAUUACAAAUCAUCACCAAAUUCUUGUAACAUUAAAUUUAAUGCAGCUCUAGCUUCUUCAUCAUCUUCUUCCUCUUCAUCGUGUCCCCUUUCUUCUUCCUCUAAUUCGUCUGCGAAUCGACGUUUAAAUAUAGAUUCU